AAAACGCCUUUGCAGAUAAGCGCUUGUUGCACUCCAAGCCACUGACGAAGGGGAAUCAGCCAAGCUUGACAAUCACCAAGAUGUGGCGCGAACUGAUUCUUCUGGCUUGCCUUCUCGGGUUAGGCUGUGCUGCCAAAAAAUCUCAACACGAAUCCACGGACGAUGCCGUGAAGCGUAGCAUUGCUAUGUCUUCUAAGUCACUUUCUGACGCCAGAGAUGACGACAUCGAUCACUACACAAGAGACGAUGCAUACGCCGCCCUAGCGUUUUACGACUACAUAAUGAAACGUGACUCCCAGUUGGCGAAGCGAAUAGAAUGCAAGGACAAAUUCCCCGUGUUUUGCCGCAAGGCUGUAGCGUUCUGUUUGAUGCCCAUGUAUAAAGUACACGGAAAUGGCCGGUUACGAAGAAAAUACAAUAUCGCGCGCAAGUUCUGUCCCGUAUCCUGCCAUAACAACGGAUGCUGAUUUCUGUCUUUAAAAUCAACUCGAACUUGAUCUAUGCACUCUUGGAAAAAUAAUCCAAGCAGAAAAAAUAAUAAUAGCAGAAAAGAUGUAUUAGAAACAAGAACCCACAAAAACCUUCAUUUCUUUAAGCAGAUCUUGUAAAUUGAUAUCUCAUUUUAUCUGAGUCAGAUUGUACAGCAUGUAUUAUUAAAGUAGAUAAACAAUAUGCACUGAGCCACAGGGUUCAUACUAAAGUGAAGCCUCGGGAAAAUAGCCAUCUUUGUGUUUGACAUAUUGUAUGUAGAUAAAUCUUACAAAAGUAAUAAAACGUAGCCAAUUUUUUGUGAGUAUGAAUAAAACGAUCAUUUGCAUCCAGUUUGAAA